AUGUACAAGGUGAAGGAGCUGCAACUGUCGACGGACAGCUUCGAUAAUCCCCUUUUUCGCCUGCAUUUGCGCUGCUUUCGCUGGUAUGGCUAUGUGGCGUCCAUUGAGCAGCGUCAUCCGUGGCUCGCGCUGCUCCGCUGCACGAUCUUCACGGCCUCCAUUUGGCUGAGCUGUGCGCUGAUGCUGCUGCGCCUCUUCUUAUCCCGUGGCUACGAGAGCAUCAACGAUGGCGCCACCAGCUGGGCAACUGCGGUGCAGUAUUUCGCUGUCUCCAUAGCGACACUAAAUGCGUAUGUGCAGCGAGAGCGUGUCAUCACGAUGCUGCGCACUGCUCAUGAGGAUCUGCAGCACUUGAUACUAGAAUCGGAUGCUCAGGAAUUGGAUUUGUUGCAUGCCACUCAACGCUACGUGAGGACUAUAACGCUUUUGCUCUGGGUGCCAUCGGUGGUGGCUGGUAUGAUGGCCUAUUUGGAUUGCAUUUAUCGCACCAUCUUUUUGCCAAAGACCGUUUUCAACAUGGCCGCAGUGCGACGGGGCGAGGCACAGCCCAUUUUGAUUUUCAAACUCUUCCCUUUUGGCGAGCUGUACGAUCAUUUCGUCAUGGGGUAUUUGGGUGCUUGGUAUGCCCUUGCCCUGGGCAUUACCACAAUUCCAUUGUGGCACACGUUCAUCGCUUGCCUCAUGAAGUAUGUGACGCUCAAGCUGCAGAUACUCAACAAACGAGUAUUGGCCAUGGAUAUUAGACGCUUCGAGCCGAAUCUCUUGCAACAUCAUUUGGGUGCGAAUGAACGCAUCCAUUGGCAGCUGCAGCUCUGCAAAUACUUUGUCCAGGAGCAGCUGAAGAUACGUGAUUUCGUUCAGCAAAUCGAGCAUCUCAUUCGCAUACCUGUCAUGGCCGACUUCAUCAUAUUUUCUGUGCUCAUCUGCUUUCUGUUCUUUGCUCUUACUGUGGGCGAGCCUAGCAACAUGGAUUAUUCGUUUAUGUUCCUCUAUUUGUUUGUCAUGGCUGCAAUCUUGUGGAUAUAUCAUUGGCAUGCGACUUUAAUAGUUGAAGGUCAGAAUGAAUUGUGCUUUGCCUUCUAUGCCGGCGACUGGUACAAGUUUGGCCUGCCUGUACAGCGGAUGCUGCUGCUAAUGAUGAUGCACGCUCAGAGGCCGUUGAAGAUGCGCGCGCUGCUGGUCGAAUUGAAUCUGAAAACCUUUCUCGAUAUUAUGCGUGGCGCGUACAGCUAUUUCAAUUUGUUGCGUAGUGCGCAUUUGUAUUAG